AUGGAGACCAAGGAGCUCAAUGGCGAGGAAUAUUCUUUGGCGUCGCCAUCUACUCCCAUACUGCUACAUCCACCACCAGCUGCUGCAAAGAAUGCUAAUACUUUUCUGAUCGGACUAUCUUCACUCGCACUCAAGAUCGCUGCUCUGAAUGUCGUCUUGCAGCUCAUACUGCUCAUGAAAGCUCGUCAGGAUGCCGUGGAUGUCUCGUUUUGGUGGAAGCUACUAGCGCUAUGGCAUGGUAUCGUGCUCUGUAUUGCUGUGAUAGUGCUCAAGCAGCGACGUGAAGAUCCUACUCCGUCACAUAUCGCUGUCAUGUUGGGCACGUAUGUCGUCGUCGCUGCUCUGCUAGUGCCAAGGACGGAAGGGUUUCCUGCUAGUCAGACGUAUAUUCAUGGCACUUAUUUUGCUCAGGCUAUUAAUCUGCCAAUGCUGCCUGGCUUUUGGAUGGCGCUUGGAGGACUUGCAUACUCUGUCGACAGACUAUUACAAACCAGCUCUUUUACCGUAUUUGGACCUAGUGCCUCAUAUCUAAACGACAUGGCACAAACAACUGCCGUAGCGUCACGUAAUACCAGUCCAACCUCAUCGCAGCCAUCAUCACCAGCCACCAUCUUCCCAUCCCGUAAAAUGAUACCAAGCAAAAACCAUCCAUACAUACCCUUCUCACUCGACCACAACACGGCCGUAAUCCGCUCAGACAUGCAGCACAAUCUCGCAUCCAUGCGUGCUAUAGUAUCACAUAUGAAAAACCAUCUAGGUUCUACAACAAACUCACAAUACGAUUCUCCAACAGCUCGGGUAUCUGAUGCGUUGACUACGUGUCUUGCAAAUCUAAACUAUGUCGUGGCACAGUUCCAAUCACCGAAUGAAUUGGAUGCUGCUGAUAAAGGACCGGAACGGAAUAAGGUGCUGUUUGAUCCCUCGGAUUUGACGGAGCAGGUUGCGGAUUCUAUAUCGUAUUAUGCGGAUUCAAAGGAGGUCGAGUUGAUUGUGCAUACACCGGUUGGGAGGACGGCAGAAUGGUACUUGACGAAUGAUGAUCCGGUGCCGAUUCGUGCUAUACUUAUCAAGCUCAUCAGUGAAGUAGCCAUGAAGGCCGAAACUCACUCGCACAUAGCCAUCAGCCUAAACGUAGACCUCCCCAGUGCCAUCCGUAGCGGCGCAUCCCUAACAACAGCACGCACCUUCGUCAUGCACUGUGUAUGGCAAAUCAUAUACAUGUGUGCACGCACAGAACCCCUCGAGAUAGAAUUCAGCAGCACAUCAACCACCUUCCUCGGAAAUAUAGGUGGCACACACCACCAUACCGCAAACGGCGACAUGUGUACCGAAGAACUCCGUCUCGACAUGGACGCAGUCCCGCUAGACAAUUCCGUCGAAAACGCUGUUAUGCUAGACCAAUUCCUCUCACCACUUGAAAAGCGUGAAUUGUGGGCAUUCAGUCGUCGUCUGACCGGUGCACGAUUCGCCCUUAUAACGACUCGAGAUUCACAAUUUGUGUUGAAUUUAUUGCAGUAUUUGGAGAAUUGGGGUGGAACUGUUACGCAUGGUUUCACCAGUAAUUGGGGGUCGUUGAGAGCCACUAUUGACGAUUUUGAUCACAAGAGUGAGAAUGAGAGGGUUGCGAGUGAGAACUCGGCAGCUGUGUUUAUUGAUGAUGAUUUGGCUGUGCUGGAUACUGUGAUUAAGAGGAGGUUGGCUAGGCGGCGUAGAGGUUGUCCUAUUAUAUAUGUUUGCAAUACUUCGAAUGAGAAAUUCGUGGCUGAAUUUGAGCAAGCUGUCCGCAGACAAUACCACAGCGGCCUUCCAGUUAUAUGUGUAAUAUCAAAACCAGCAGGCCCACGAAAAAUCCUCUCCACCUUAAAACGAGUCCUCUUUGUCCAAUCACCACCCCGCACAACCGACGACCAAGACUUCCAAUUCCUAUCCUCGGCCGCAUCUGCAUCACGACUCGGAUCCAGCAGCGAAGACAAUGGUGUUGCAGGCGGCAACAGCAGUGGAUCUGGUGGUGGGCGAGACGGACGACGUGAAUCAGGAGGAUCAGCAACAAUCCAUCCCAUAGGUGAAAUACGUCUUUUACCACGUCGUGCCAGUGAUGUGUCAUCACGUGCUGCAUCACAGUCGUCGUCAGCUGCGUCGGCUUCUGGUGGUGGUAGUCCUCGGCCGCAGCCACAGGGUGUAUUAUUACAACAGCAGGGAGGACCAUCAUCACAGCAUCCGUCACAGGAACAGCAGUCGCGAUCACAGCAUUCGCAACGACCGCCACAGUCUAGUGCUAGUAGUCGGCAUGAGCAACGGGCAUGGACUAAUGUGCCUGCUUCGGUGAAUGCUAGUGUCGCCACACCGCUUGCUGAGGUGCCUGUUGCGCCGAGGAUUAGUGUGUUGAUUGUUGAAGAUAAUAUCAUCAACCAACGUAUCUUGUCAACGUAUCUCCGACAUCGUGGAAUUGAUAACGUUGUUGCCAAUAAUGGUCGUGAAGCUGUAGAUUUGUGGAUUGCGCAGAAGUUUCAUCUCGUAUUGAUGGGUAAAUGUCCUUUGUAUAUAAUGAUGCCCGUAAUGGACGGAAUCGAAGCAACAACCGAAAUCCGCCGCAUAGAACAAGAACGACGAAACGAACAAAUAGACUCUAACGAAAUCCCACCUCCCGAAACCGUCAUUGUCGCAUUGACUGCAUCAGCACUCCCUACAGAUCGUGAUCGAGCUCUUGCUGCUGGAUGUAAUGAUUAUUUGGUGAAACCUGUCACGCUUUCGUGGUUGGAGAGAAAGAUUAUUGAGUGGGGGUCUAUGCAGGCACUGAUUGAAUUCGGAAAGGACUUUACUGAGACGGCGCCUCGUGUGCCUGCUGUUACAGAGUCGUAUCCUCACGAUAUCAAUGUUCCGAGCCCGUGA